GUUAGAUCUCGCGAGAACACCUCCUUGUUGUGGCUAAAGAUAGCAUAACUCGCGGUCAGUCAAGCUAUCUAGACUUGUGCAGUCUUUCUUCACCGUAAGGCUGCUAUGGAUGCUCUCGGAGCCCAAGAGGAGCCAGAGAGGCCCCGGCAUCACCCUUUCCUCAUCGGGGUCAGCGGAGGAACAGCCAGCGGCAAGGUUAGUCUGUUUUUAGACCGACAUAAGCAUCCUGGAGCUGGCCUAGCUUACAUGGGUAUCACUGCUAAUGUUAGCGUUCGUUAAACUGUCAAAGCAGCGGGCACGCCCACUUAUUCCGAUAACAUAUUUCAUACAUUUACCAUCCACGCAGCAAAGCAGGUGCUUACUGUAUCCUAUAAGCACCUUUUCUAUCCUUACCGACCCUCUUUAUGGACAUAUUUGCUCCGAGAAGACCCUCAGCCAUCUAGCAGCUGUUCAGAUGAAUUUCCUCACAGUCAUGAGCAACAGCAGUCAGCUGAUGGACACUUUCAGAGACAGGGGUCACAUGCAGUUGAUUUAAGAGCUUUUGUACCCCCCUUAUUUUCGAAAACCUAACUUAAAACUGAUUUUUAGUUCAAUGUAAAACAAGCAGGUGAUCAAUCAUAGUGAAAAUGAAAGCAAAUUUCUGCUUCAGUCCACAGUUUGCGCCAAGAUCAUGGAGCUCCUGGGCCAGAACAAGGUGGACCACCGUCAGAGGAAGGUGGCGAUCAUCAGCCAGGACAGCUUUUACAGGGUCCUGACACCAGAGCAGAAGAUGAAAGCUCUAAAGGGCCAGUACAACUUCGAUCACCCAGGUGAGAGCAGGUCACGUAGGUUUCUGUUUCCUGACUAGUGUUUUCACAACAGUCCACACCUCUGUGUUUGUGUUCAAAGGCCAGAGUCUGAUAAAAGGGCAUUGUGGUUUUAGACCAUAUGAGCCAACUGGACUUGGUAUUUUGCGGAUUUAUUUGACUUUUUUUUUUGUUUUAAUAAUGGGAUUGUACCAAUAUUUGUCAAGGUUAUAACAUAUGGAUUCUACGACAGAGUAUUAGGGACACAUUAAGAAAAAAAAAAUUAAGACUUGAAGAUUAAAGUCAUUAUUUACAAGAAUAAGUCAUUACUAACGAGAAUGAAGUCGAAAUAAAGUCAUUACUCAUGGGAAUAAAGUCGUAAUGAAGUCAUUACUUACGAGAAUAAAGUCGUCAUCAAGAACUACGACUACUUUACUUUCGAUAAUGUGGUGCUGAUGUGCCGAAAGAUUAAGUAUCUCCUUGUUUGAGAAACAUAUUGAAGUACAUUUUCACGAAAUGCUUUAUGGCUCUCAUUUUAACAACUGUCAUCUUAAACAGCAAGUUAGAAUAUAAAGACUUUAUUCUGACUUUACUCUCAUAAGUGAUUAAUUUACUACGACUUCAUCUGAUUAUUUCAGAACUAUAGCUACACUGUGGAAAUGUAUCAAGUCCAGUAAUCUGUGUAUGUUCUUUGUAUUGUUCUGGUUUUGUUGUUUUGUUUUUGUCUUGUAGGCUGUUGUGGUUAUCGACAUUGUCUUUGUGUUUGUGCCGUGAUGUUUUUUUUGUGACUGUACACUGCGAUGGAUCUAAAUAAACGAAACAAAACUUUAUUCUAGUAAGUAAUGACUUUAUUACGUCUUUAUUCUCGUUAGUAAUGACUUAUACUGACUUUAAUCUCCAAGUCUUCAAGUAUUAUUUUUCUCUUGGUGUGGCCCAAAUACUCCGUUGUAGGAUUCUGCAUUUUUCCAAACAAACCUCCCCAGAGGCCAAGAUUAAGAGCAGCUCUUCAAUUAUAGUUAUAAUGAUAUUUAACUAUAGUAAAAUGUGUGCUACAUGUACAAUUUAAAAAAGACCAGUCCCUAUUCUUUUAUAAUUUGUGGCCUUUGGUCUGUUUUCUUGGUGACACAAUACAAAAAUCCCUAAAUCAUUACCCAAUGAUCAGAGACUGUAGCUUAUUGGACUGCAUCAAAACGGUGUAAAAGUGUGGCCAUAAUAUCUGGGCCUCAGAGUGAUUUUUGCUAUUUAUUUUAAAUGCUUGUUUUGUCAGUAUCUCCUGUUGGAGAAACUGACCCUGGUGUUUGGGUUGUACACAGACAGAAUGUUUUAUGUUGAAAUGGGUCAACACGUGUUCUUAUAAUAUUUCAGGGAAAGAAGCACAAGGUGACUCCUGAUCAAAUACAACCUUCUGCCAGAUCAGUUUUUUGUCCCUCACUUAGACUGAACAGUCUCCUGUGAAAAUACUUACUUUACCUGUUAUUUCGUAUAUUUUGCUGAAGGCUUGUUUUGUCAAGCUGCAGUUUCACAGAUAUGCAAAAAAAUCCCAAAGAAUUCUGCAAAUUUAAAAAAGGACAGAUUGUACAAAUGUCUGAUUAGCUGACACAUGGUACUCUGCUCACACAAAUAAUGUAUAAUUCUGGGGAUUCCUGGAAAGAGCUUGUAAGCUGAGCUAUGAGAUAUUGAUACUUACAUGAAAUCUCUGAAAAAAACCUUUUUUUUUGCAGAGGCAUUCGAUAACGAGUUAAUGUACAAAACCUUGAAAGACAUCGUGGAGGGACAGGUGGUCGAAGUUCCAACAUAUGAUUUCGUCACCCAUUCCAGGUAGGAAGAUGCCACCACGUGAUUUUCUUCUUUCAGUUUUUCACAUUACUUUUAAAACUGAGCACGUUCCCUCAGGUUGGAAGAAAGGAUCACGGUUUACCCUGCAGACGUGGUCCUCUUUGAGGGGAUCCUGGUCUUCUACAACCAGAAAGUGCGAGACAUGUUUCACAUGAAGCUCUUUGUGGAUACAGAUUCAGACGUCAGACUGUCUCGCAGAGGUAUGAUCACUUCCACACACAACAAACUAUAAGUUUCCAGGGUUUAUGAAUGAUUGAAGCUUCUAUUUCUUUUUAGUUCUGCGAGAUAUGAACCGCGGGAGGGACCUGGAGCAGAUUCUCACUCAGUACACAACAUUUGUGAAGCCAGCAUUUGAGGAGUUUUGUUUGCCUGUGAGUAAGACAAUAUCAAGAACUUCUUAUGCCUGAUAUCUAGAGUCGAUAAACCUUUUUCUUUUUGCGCUUUCCUUUUAUUUCUAAAGAUCUUUGGUUCUGUUUCAGACAAAGAAAUAUGUUGACGUCAUCAUUCCAAGGGGAGUGGACAAUAUGGGUGAGCCAGUUUUAGUUCAUUAUUAAAAAAAAAAUGUUUUCUGAUGAUCUCCAGUGUGAAUUCUGACGUAUCCUCUGUCUCUGUAGUCGCCAUCAACCUCAUCGUACAGCACAUCCAAGACAUACUGAACGGUGACAUCUGCAAAUGGCAGCGUGGGUCCAUGAACGGUCACGGGCGAGGCUUCAAACGUGCUAUAUCCGAGCAAGGCGACCUGCAGAACGGAGCCGCUAACCCUCCAGGAAAAAGGGUUUUGCUAGAGCCGAGCUGUCGACCCCACUGAGAGCGUGUCCUGAUGCGAGACGCGUCCAGACUGUGAAUAUUAAGAUAUUGAGCUGAGGUUGCUUCUGCUCAUUUGUGGAGAAUGGCAGUCAGUGCCGUCGCCUCUUCAGUUUUAUGGUUAUUAUUGGUGCAAAACCAAUACUCGGAUUGAUUAUGCUUUCAACGUGUAAUGGUACAAAAGAGAGUUGGGGUCACAGUGGAAGGAAAAUACUGAGACUUCAAGAAUGAAGUCUGAACAUAAUUGUGAUGAAGGUUUCCGUGUUACAAGAAAAAGGUUAAGAUUUUAGGAGGGCAAGAUGUCCAAUUAGAAGAAUUAAGUGAGUAUUUUUGUGAAUGAAGUAGCUUUAAGUUGAAGUUUUAGGCUAAAGGAGAAUAGAAAAGCAGUCAGCUCUUUGUGCUCAAGUGAAAUGAUGAAGCAUGUUGUAAAAAUUACACAUUUGUACAGAUUUAACAAAAAAUUGGACUCUGAAAAGCUUGAGCAAGAAUCUAAGGCUACGUUCACACUGCAGGUUAUGAUGCACAAUUUGGAUUUUUUGUUAAAUACAAUCUUUUUGUGCGGUCGUUCACAUUACAACAACGAAUGCGUCCGCGAUGUGCAUGUGCAAAAAGCACAAAUUGCUUUCCGCGCCUGUUUGUGUUGUCGAACAACGGUGACGUUUGUCGCAUAUUGAUGAUGUAAAGGUCAGAUGAACGCGACCUGAGCGUCCACACUGCAGUCACAUCGAAUACAUAUCCGAUUUAUAUCCACAUACAAAAGAGGCCUGGGUCGGAAUGAAAAAGUCAGAUUUGCAGUGUUCACACUUACGUGAAAAAAUCAGAUAUAUGUCACAUAUGGUUAAAAAAUCGGAAUUGACCUGCAGUGUGAACAUAGCCUAAAUGUUUUAUGACUUUGCCAUUCCAACACGGAAACUCUCUUAACUUGAUUCUGGAAAUCUCAGACUUCCUCUUUGUAUCUGUGGCCCUGACUCUCUUUCACAUUGCAGUCUUCCAUGAUACUGUUUGACUUUUCGGUUUUGACUCUUGUCAAAAAUGACGUGUUAAUGAAACUGAAGGCAUUGUGUUCGAGGUAAGGAAGCAUAUUUAAGCUUUUAAUGUGAGUCACCCUUUGCACCUUAUAUUUAUAACUAUUUUAGUUGAGACUAUCAUAUUUAAAUUAUAUAAGUAGCCAUCUCUUUUAGCUGUUUUGUUGCAACCUGUUUAAGUUAUUUAAACUAGAUUCUGCCACAUGUUUCAGCAGUGUCACAUUAAUGGAGUGCUUCCUGAGGAUUUACUGUUGAAUACUUGCCUUAAUUUUUAGCACUUAUUUUACCUCACCGUUCUGUGCGACUGUAAAAGAAAUAAACCAUCACAUUUUGAAAUCAAA